CCCUCCUCUUCCGUCUACAGGAAACAGCCCGUGCCGGAUGUACGUUCUCUCGUUGGCUCCCGCCCUGACAGUUGCUACCGCAGGGAAAAUGGCGCCUUUGGAUCUAGACAAGUACGUGGAAAUUGCCAGGCAGUGCAAAUAUCUACCCGAGAACGAUCUGAAGCGUUUAUGUGACUAUGUUUGUGAUCUUCUGCUGGAAGAGUCAAAUGUUCAACCUGUGUCUACACCAGUUACAGUUUGUGGUGACAUACAUGGCCAGUUCUACGACCUCUGUGAACUGUUCAGGACUGGAGGACAAGUUCCCGACACAAACUACAUAUUUAUGGGUGACUUUGUAGACAGAGGAUAUUACAGUUUGGAGACCUUCACCUACCUGCUUGCUCUGAAAGCCAAAUGGCCUGACCGUAUUACACUGCUAAGAGGAAAUCAUGAAAGCAGACAAAUCACACAAGUAUAUGGAUUCUAUGAUGAGUGCCAAACCAAAUAUGGAAAUGCCAAUGCAUGGCGUUAUUGUACCAAGGUUUUUGAUAUGCUGACAGUGGCAGCUUUGAUAGAUGAGCAAAUUCUUUGUGUUCAUGGAGGCUUGUCCCCAGACAUUAAGACUUUGGAUCAGAUCCGGACCAUUGAGCGUAACCAGGAAAUUCCUCACAAAGGAGCCUUCUGUGACUUGGUGUGGUCAGACCCAGAAGAUGUAGACACUUGGGCAAUCAGUCCAAGAGGGGCAGGUUGGCUUUUUGGAGCUAAAGUCACCAAUGAGUUUGUCCACAUAAACAACUUGAAGCUGAUUUGUCGCGCGCAUCAACUAGUACACGAGGGCUACAAAUUCAUGUUUGAUGAAAAGCUUGUGACAGUCUGGUCAGCACCAAACUACUGUUACCGCUGUGGCAACAUUGCCUCCAUAAUGGUUUUCAAGGAUGUAAACACUCGAGAGCCAAAACUAUUUCGUGCUGUUCCAGAUUCAGAACGAGUGAUCCCACCAAGAACAACCACACCAUACUUCCUCUGAAGUCUCACCAUGUUUUCUCUACUGUGCUGGAUUUUUUUAAGCACUUUGCUGCUGAAAUGCUGUAUCUUGCCUUUCUGUAAAAUUAUCAAGCAUAUGCUCUUUAAAAUUUUUAUAAAUAUCUUCAAAUGCAUAUUGAUCUGAAUGCCACCGCUAAUAUUGAAAUUGGGGCAUUUUUUUCUUCUGUCUACCUGAUAUGAAGUAAGAUAGCAUUGUUUAAACAGUGGUUGAAGAUGGGUUUGUUGCAUUUCACUAUUACUACAGCCUGUGUGAAGAAGGUGUAAUCCAGUAAAUAUUUGUUUUUGUGAA